AUGCAGACCCUGCAUCUCGCUAUCCGCGACAUUGCCCAGAUGGUCCUCAAUGAGGAGUCCAUCUACACGGAUACAAACGCUCCGCAGGUGCUCGACUGCCCCGGUGCCGGCGACUGUAGACGAUCACGUUCCCGCUCUCCCAGGUACGGAUCCAGUCCCUCACCGAUGCGCCUCUCCAGAGCCGGCGCC